AUGGGUCACAUGGGUCUGGCCUUCGCUGAGGGCAAAGACAGAGGCUAUCUCUACAAUGCCACCGAUGCAGAAAUACUCCGCGAUUUGAACAACUUCUAUGGUCUCAAGAAGUGGGGAUUUGUGGUUUAUCGUUGCACACAUGGGGACGACGAUGCCUGGUCUCGCUUCAUGGAUCGGCUCAAUCGCCAUAACGACGCCGUGCUACGCGACAACGAACAGGCACCCGACCUCGUCGCAUCGUAUGACUGGACGGUACAAGAGGACCCUGCCUUGGAGGGUGCAACGAAAGACGAAGUUCGGCGGCGGUUUCGACAGCUGCGUGGAUCUCUUAUUCAGAGCGAGACUGCGGACGACCUUGACGACUUCAAGAAACGGACUCUAAUGUGGGAAAAUCCACGAUAUAAAUACUGCAUCCACGUGGACUCGGAGGGCCUUCAUAUGGUUCUGCAACGCGCCUCGGACUACUUCUAA